AUGAUUGUGAAGCGGAGAUAUAGUGAGUUCAAGUCUUUGAGAGAUAGCUUACAGAUAUUAUUCCCUACGUUGGUCAUCCCACCUAUUCCAGAGAAACACACAUUAUUCACGUACUUGAUAAAUUCGAUCGAUAAUUCGAAGGAACUCAAUAUCAUAGAGACCAGGAAGCGUUGCUUUGCCAAUUUUUUAAAGGAUAUAAUAUUUGAUUCCAAUGCAGCAUUGAAAAGUUGUGUGCUUGUGCAUAAGUUUUUAGAUCCCAAUUACGAACUUUGCUGGAAUAAUGCCAUCAACGAACCACCGGUUAGUUUGAUCCCCAACAAUUUGUUAUUGGCGAAUCCAGUGAAUCCCACAGAUCAGAAUGGGUUGUAUUCGUUACUACCUAUAGUAAAUGGGUUUGAAUUGAACUCGAACAUUGAUAACAUAAGUUCGCUUCACAAGUUGAACGAAGAUUUGCAUAAGCUAAAUGAACAAGUGCAUGUUUUUGAGCUCAGAAAGGAGCAAAAUGAUAAGCGACGCACCGUCGAACCUGCAACUAAUCUAUUCACAGAGAUACCCAUCAGCUUGAUAGACUUUGAAAAGAAUUUCCAUCAGAAUAUUAAAGUGUUAACGGAAUUAAAUAAAUUAAAUUCCAGAUCAGUCAAGAAUUUCAAAUCUAUCAUACACACGCUAGUUGAGCUAGGCGGUAAUUUAAAUAACUUUUCCUUACAAAUUCAUGAAUUGAACACAGAAUCGAAUGAACUAAGCUCAUUGAUAGAAAAAUUUGGGUCAACCAUAGACUCUAACUUUCUCGGGUACGAAGCCUUCUUGAUGAAUGAUAUAAUACCCGAAUGGCAAGAGCCAAUAAGUCAACUAGUACAGUACUAUUUGACGUCCCUACAGUUGAUCAAAUUUUAUAAGUUCAAGAUAAUCCAGUACAAGCUAGUAUACAAGCUUAAGUUUAAUAAAUACCAAGAGCUUGCAAACAUUUCAAAUAAUUUUGAAUCUCAGCUGAAAUUACAGGAUUUACGAAACCUAGAUAUCGACAGUCCAAGUAUCAAUGAAGCCAUCAAGAAAAUAGAAUUGAAUCAAAAGAGGUUGAAGAAUCGUAAGUUAUCAUCCAAGAAAAGUUGGUAUGGUUUAUUUGGAGGUAACAGCAAACCUACAUUCACUCUAAAUGAAGACAUGUCUGGUCGUUUGAUGACAGAGGGAAACGGGAAUAUACAAGCAAGAACAUCUCUCAUUAACGAAGAGAAUAUGAGUUACCCCGUUAACUCAUCUGCAAACCUCGAACAUACACAUGCAGAUAUCAAUAGUCAUUAUCAACAUAAGAUUAGCCAGAUAGAAAAGGAAUUGACGAAGUUGGAUCAGCUCAUUGAUUUGACUAAUACCGAUAUGUCAACACUCACUCUGGAGUUGAACUUGAACUUCAACGACUUUUUGGUUAGAGUCGAAAAGAAAUGGUUAGUUAUAAUGUUGGAGUUUAUCAAAAACGGUAAGCAAUUAUUUAAGGACAACCUCCAAAAUUGGAACGAAUGUAAAGUGUUUAUAAAUGACUUAUAA